CACUGACUCCCAGCAUCCUUGGCUCAGCCAUCAGAGCCAUUUUACUGUGGGCCAACCUUGUCUUCAUCCUGGUUGUUUUCAGCUCGCCUCCAGAAUAAUUUGUCUCUCCAGGCGUUUACUCCCUGCAUGGAUACUCGGGAGGUUGUUAGCUGAUUUCAGGAGAAGAAUUGUCAAGGAGGAACUCACUGCAGUUGUCGAAUCCGAGGUGGUUAGGUGUUAGGUGUCCACCUGGCGGAAAAGCCCCAACCCCUCCAGACUGAAAACCCCUACUGUCGUGUCGCUUUCCACUGACAGGCAUCAUGGCGGGGGCUUCAGUUAAGGUGGCUGUUCGCGUCCGUCCCUUCAACUCUCGAGAGAUGGGGAAGGAGAGCAAGUGCAUUAUCCAGAUGUCAGGGAACACUACAACAAUCCUAAACCCCAAACAGCCAAAGGAGAACAAGAGUUUCAACUUCGACUACUCCUAUUGGUCACACACAACGCCGGACGACAUCAACUAUCACUCCCAGAUGCAGGUGUACAAAGACAUUGGCGAAGAGAUGCUGCUGCACGCCUUCGAGGGAUACAACGUCUGUAUCUUUGCGUAUGGCCAGACAGGAUCUGGGAAAAGCUACACCAUGAUGGGCAAGCAGGACCAGAAGGAUCAGCAAGGCAUCAUCCCUCUGCUCUGUGAAGACCUCUUUACGAAGAUCAGCGACAGCAACACUGACAACAGCAUGUCCUACUCCGUAGAGGUGAGCUACAUGGAGAUCUACUGUGAGCGUGUGCGCGACCUGCUGAACCCCAAGAACAAGGGGAACCUGCGUGUGAGAGAGCACCCCUUAAUGGGGCCCUACGUGGAGGACCUGUCCAAGCUGGCCGUCACAUCUUACAACGACAUCCAGGACCUGAUGGAGUCUGGGAACAAGGCCAGGACGGUGGCGGCCACCAACAUGAACGAGACCAGCAGUCGCUCCCACGCUGUCUUUAACAUCAUCUUCACCCAGAAGAAACACGACAUGGAUUCAGAGAACACAUCUGAGAAGGUGAGCAAGAUCAGCCUGGUAGAUCUGGCUGGAAGUGAGCGAGCAGACUCCACAGGAGCCAAGGGCACGCGGCUGAAGGAAGGUGCAAAUAUCAACAAAUCUCUGACAACACUGGGGAAAGUCAUCUCUGCUUUAGCUGAAGUGGACUCAGCACCAAAUAAGAACAAGAAGAAGAAGAAGGUUGAGAGUCAUAUCCCGUACAGGGACUCUGUGCUGACUUGGCUGCUGAGAGAGAACCUGGGCGGUAACUCCCGCACUGCCAUGGUGGCGGCCCUCAGCCCCGCUGACAUCAACUACGACGAGACCCUGAGCACCCUCAGGUAUGCUGACCGCGCUAAGCAGAUCCGCUGCAACGCGGUCAUCAACGAGGACCCCAACAACCGUCUGGUGCGUGAGCUGAAGGAGGAGGUGUGUCGCCUCAAGGACCUCCUCUACGCCCAGGGCCUGGGAGAUAUCAUAGACACGUAUCGAUGUCCUGAUCCUGUUAUAGCUGGUUUGAAAACCUUUCAGCCCGGAGAUUAUGCUGCAAACUUGUGCGAUUACAAGAACUUUGUCAAUAAUCGCCAGGCUGUCAAUCAAACGGGUGAUCUAUCCACAGUGACCAAUGCCAUGACUGGGAUGAGCCCCUCCCCCUCUCUCUCCGCCCUGUCCAGUCGUGCGGGCUCCAUGGCGAACCUGCACGACCGCAUCUUCAGCCCCGCGUCCGAGGAGGCCAUAGAGAGACUCAAGGAGACUGAAAAAAUCAUCGCAGAGCUCAAUGAGACCUGGGAGGAGAAGCUGCGCCGGACGGAAGAUAUCCGAAUGCAGAGGGAGGCUCUACUGGCUGAGAUGGGCGUUGCCAUGAGAGAAGAUGGAGGCACAGUGGGUGUGUUCUCACCCAAGAAGACUCCUCACCUGGUGAACUUGAAUGAGGAUCCGCUGAUGUCCGAGUGCUUACUCUACUAUAUCAAAGACGGGACAACCAAGGUCGGUCGCGAGGACGCUAAAAGUCGCCAGGACAUUGUGCUCAGUGGCCAUUUCAUCCAAGAUGAGCACUGCACUUUCAGCAGCACCACAGGGCCUGGCGGAGAAGAUGACGAUAACAUAGGGAACGUGAUCCUGGAGCCCUGCGAAGGGGCGGAGAUCUACGUCAACGGGAAACUGGUGACCGCGCCCACUCUGCUUCGCUCAGGGAACCGGAUAAUCAUGGGGAAAAGCCACGUGUUCCGCUUUAAUGACCCAGAGCAGGCGCGCCAGGACCGCGAGAGGACCCCCUGCGCCGAGACCCCCGUGGAGCCUGUGGACUGGGCCUUCGCCCAGAGGGAGCUCCUGGAGAAACAGGGUAUUGACAUGAAGCAGGAGAUGGAGGCAAGGCUUCAAGAGCUAGAAGAUCAAUACCGCCGAGAACGAGAGGAAGCCAGCAACCUUCUAGAACAACAGAGACUGGACUACGAGAGUAAACUGGAGGCCCUGCAGAAACAGGUGGACAGAAGCUCUCGCUAUCUGGAGUCCCCAGAGGAAGAGGAGGAGCCUGAAGAGGAAGAAUUCCCCAUAGUUCCAUGGACCAAGCGUGAGACUGAACUGGCACUGUGGGCCUUCCGUAAGUGGCGUUUCUACCAGUUCACCUCACUCAGGGACCUGCUGUGGGGUAAUGCCAUCUUCCUCAAGGAAGCCAACGCUAUCAGUGUUGAGCUCAAGAAGAAGGUCCAGUUCCAGUUUGUGUUGCUGACUGAUACGCUGUACUCCCCGCUGCCCCCGGACCUGCUGCCCCCCAGCGUUGCCAAGGAGAGGGAGAGGCGGCCAUUUCCCCGUACCAUCGUUGCCGUGGAGGUCCAAGACCAGAAGAACGGUGCCACACAUUACUGGACUCUGGAGAAACUAAGGCAGAGGCUGGACCUGAUGAGGGAGAUGUAUGAUCGCGCGGCGGAGGUGCCCAGCAGCACUGUGGAGGACUGUGACCAGGCCCUGACCGGAGGAGACCCCUUCUACGACCGCUUCCCAUGGUUCCGUCUGGUAGGCAGGGCCUUUGUGUACCUGAGUAACCUGCUGUACCCUGUACCCCUGGUGCAUCGCGUGGCCAUCGUCAGUGAGAAAGGGGAAGUCAAGGGAUUCCUCAGGGUGGCGGUUCAGGCCAUAUCAGCCGACGAGGAAGCCCCGGACUAUGGUUCUGGUGUCAGACAGUCAGGAACGGCAAAGAUCUCCUUCGAGGACCAACAGUUUGAGAAGUUCCAGACAGAGUCGUGUUCCGGCAGCAUGUCCCACUCCAACACCUCCCAGGAGGAGCUCCGAUUUGUCGAGGGGGAGGGCCAGACGUCUGAGAUCGGGGCUGACCCGGAUGAGGUCAACAACAACACCUGCGCAGACUUGUGCCCCGUCACAGCCAGUCCAGAGGCCCCGCGCAGCCCGCUGAAGGGAGGCCUGGGUCUGGACCUGCCCCUCGAGCUGAACCAGGAGAAGGUCCUGUCCCACCUCCGCAUUGGGUCCACCUUCACCUUCAGGGUCACCGUGCUGCAGGCCUCCAGCAUCUCCGCUGAAUAUGCGGACAUCUUCUGCCAGUUCAACUUCAUCCACCGACACGAUGAGGCUUUCUCCACCGAGCCACUAAAGAACACUGGCCGAGGACCUCCUCUGGGAUUCUACCAUGUACAAAAUAUCACGGUGGAGGUCACCAAGUCGUUUGUGGAGUACAUAAAAACCCAGCCCAUUGUCUUUGAGGUGUUUGGCCACUACCAGAAACAGCCGUUCCCACCUCUCUGCAAAGACCUCAUCAGUUCGCACUUUUUCCUCAGUCCUUUACGACCUUCGAGGAGGCAGUUCCCCAGGGUUAUGCCUUUGUCCAAACCAGUGCCAGCCACCAAGUUGAACACCCUGACCCGCUCCACAGCUGGCCCUUGUCACUCCAAAUACGACCUCAUGGCCUUCUUUGAGAUCUGUGAGCUGGAGGCCAAUGGAGACUACAUCCCAUCAGUGGUGGACCAUCGAGGGGCCACGCCCUGCCAGGGAACGUUCCUGCUUCACCAGGGCAUCCAGCGGAGGAUCACCGUUACCAUAGCGCACGAGACAGGAAAUGACAUAGAGUGGAAAGAGGUCAAGGAGCUGGUGGUGGGGCGUAUUCGGAAUACUCCUGAAGCUGAUGAGACCAUCAUCGAUCCCAACAUCCUGUCUCUCAACAUCCUGUCUGCGGGAUACAUCUGGCCCUCAUAUGACGAUAAUGUGUCCCUCGGAGUUGACCAUAGAACAUUCUACCGUUUUGAGGCAGCGUGGGACAGCUCCAUGCACAACUCUCUCCUUCUGAACCGUGUCACUCCUUAUGGAGAGAAGAUCUACAUCACCCUGUCAGCCUAUCUUGAGAUGGAGAACUGCACUCAGCCCACGGUGAUCACCAAGGACUUCUGUAUGGUGUUCUACUCCCGAGACGCCAAGCUGCCCGCCUCACGCUCCAUCAGGAACCUGUUUAGCACUGGCUGUCUGAGGCCCUCGGAGAGCAAUCGUGUCACCGGAGUGUAUGAAGUCAGCCUCUGUCAUGUUGCAGACGCCGGAAGUCCAGGCAUGCAGAGGAGGCGCAGACGCGUCUUAGACACUUCAGUGGCGUACGUUCGCGGAGAGGAGAACCUGGCAGGCUGGAGGCCUCGCAGCGACAGUCUCAUUCUGGACCACCAAUGGGAGCUGGAGAAACUCAGCCUGCUGCAGGAAGUGGAGAAGACCAGGCACUACCUGCUGCUGCGUGAGAAACUGGAGGCCACCCUGGCGGCAGGGCAGGACGCGCUCUGCAAGAGCGGCGACAUCAGCGACUUUGCUAAGAGCCCCAUCCUCAGCCACAGCCCCGGGGGCAUCGCUGCCCUGGAGAGCCCCAGCCAGAGGCAGAGGGAACUGGCUGCCAAGUGUCUGCGACUGCUCAUGCACACCUUCAACAGGGAGUACAGCCAGGUGAGCAGCAGUGCCAGUGAGAGCAAGCUGUCUGAGAUGUCGGCAUCGCUGAUGUCGCCAUCCUCUUCUGGUCUGAGCACACUGACCCCGUCCUCUACUUGCCCCUCAUUGGUGGAGGGACAUUAUGACAUCAGACACACAGAGCCUGGUUCUGGGGCUUCAACACCAGACCUGGACCCCUUCAGCCCCGUGGACAGGAAGAGGACCCUGGGUAGAGGCUGCACCUUUGUCCCUGACAUCCAGGAGAUCCGUGUCAGUCCAAUUGUGUCAAAGAAAGGCUACCUGCACUUCCUGGAGCCUCACACCAGCGGCUGGGUGAAGCGCUACGUGGUGGUGCGUCGGCCCUAUGUCUACCUGUACCGCACCGAGAGGGACAGCGUGGAGCGAGCCGUCAUCAACCUGUCCUCUGCCCAGGUUGAAUACAGCGAGGACAAGCAGACUCUGCUCCGGACUCCGAACACAUUUGCAGUGUGCACGGAGCAUCGAGGAAUACUCCUCCAAGCCAGCAACGACAAAGACAUGCACGACUGGCUGUAUGCGUUCAACCCCCUGCUUGCCGGAACCAUCAGGUCUAAGCUCUCCCGGAGAAAGUCAGGCCAGAGGAUGUGAGGGAGUGGAUCACCCGAGGUGGUGGAAAAAGAAAACCAUAAUCUACCCCCCCCCUCCCCCCCAUAUAGCUCAUCUGAACAUCUCACUCCUGCGCUGCUUCCUGUCCAAACAGUUCCUUCUGCUGACUCCUCCCAAAAACAGCACUUAAAUCCAUCCCAGCCAAUCCCCUAUUUGAAGCAUUUCCUGGUUUCCUGGAACAUGCACGGUAUAAACAAUCCAUUAAAUGCCAUUAAGACCCAUAUAAGACUGACUUGUGAUGCUACCCUGUUCAGCAGGGCUUACCCCUGCUAGGUGAGUUGGGGUAGGCGGUGCUCCCUGUUCUUAUGUGCAUGUUGACUUUACCUUGACCUAACAAGCCUCCAGGCUCCAUAACGGUUUAGCUGAACAAAGGAAAAGUCUUUAGUGCAAGUUCGUUACCGUCACCCCGUUGACUGUGUUUGAUGCCCCAGAUCCCAAACUGCUCAUAUAUUUCUUAUGUAAAAUACAAUAGUAGUCUGAUAAAUCAACAUGGCGACGUGGUAUAUUCCCUUUUCUAGUCCACUCGUAGGAGAUCUCUGUGCGCGUGUGUGUUUUAGUGCAGGGGGGAGACAGCAGCACCUAUCGACGUUGGUCGUCACGGUAACGCAGGAUGUCCUCGUUACCACAUAUUGAAAGGGCUGCAGCUCGUUGCCGUCGCCUGUGUUUUGUAUCCCAAGGUUUUGGUGGAACGGACGGGACGGGCGCUGCGAUAGUACACAAGACAGUGUAGGAUGAAAGGGAACACUGCUGGGGAGUGUUUUGAGGCCAUGGUUUUUGACCGUGUACUGUAGCUCAGAAGUGGAUGCUGUGAUACCUGGGUAACAUAUCGAUACUAUGUAUGGGAGAGGACAAUAGGAUGACUCCCUACGCCUGUUACGUUUGGAUAAUGAUGAGUUCACUGUGCUGUUGUUUCAUACUUACUCGUUUGCUACGGUAGAGUAUAGGCAAUGUAAUACGCUGGCAGUCGGACUUACAGUGGAGAGUAAUUGUGACCUGUGACGUAUUUUGGCGUUUCUACAUAUUGUUUUGUAUACAUUUUUUUGGUUUAUUUAUGGGAUCACUGACCACUUUAAUCGCAUGGCACUUUAUUGUUGCGUUAUAACACCCGUUAUUCUGUUGCGUUAUAACACCCGUUAUUCUCUUGAGUUGAUGUCUGUCACGUUGACUUGUUUCUAACCAAAGCAUUCCAGUCUAUUUCCAAUAGUGCCGGGCUCCUCCGUCACGUAAAGCUGACAAAAUGGUUUUAGUGCAACGUUAAUGGAAUAUUUCAUAAAACCUGGUGUUCCAAUCCUGCAUUGACCCUGAAUGUCUGUUAAUAAGUGAAAUACACCAAGUUGAUACGCAAAAUAGCUCCUCUGGAGAGAGUGUGCGUUUUCCACGGCCUAUACUGUGGUUGGUAACAGUACACUUAAUAAUUUAAAGGGAAACUGUGAUCCCACUCUCUCGGUGGGUUAGUGAGACAUGUGCAUGUUUUUUUCAGACAGUUGAGUUGUGAGUCCGAACCAGGUAGUGCCUCCAGUUAACCCCUCUCGUUUUCCGUUUUUCUUUUUUUUGCAUCAACGCCCACCUCUUUAGCUUGAUGUUACACGUACUACCUUAACAAAUGUUUUUAUUUACCGUGCUGCUAUGGAGAUUGUGUCGACGCCGUGUUUCGAUGGGAUUCCCUCCUUUUUCAACGAGCAGGUGCAGUGCAGUGUAGACCUUGCUUUUGGUCCUUAUGUAACGUUGCCUCUGACGUCAUCCGCUUUGGUGUAGCUAGUCUUCAGCCUGGUGCUUCAACCGGAAACCCACACAGUAUGACAAUAGUUCAACGUUAACCAGGGGGCAUUGCUGACUACAGUUACAGUGAUGUGGCUCUGAAAGUGACUCUUCAGCGCCACGUUAAUCUAGCAUCGAUAACAAAUGCGCAGUUUUAAACUAAACCUGUUGGCCCUAUAGGCUUAGCAAUGCUCUUCGUACAAUAGCACUUUAUUGGAAACCAGCAGCUCUUGUUUUGACUACAGUAACAUCGUGGUUAUGUCCACUAGACUAUCCAUGGCCAGACAGCCAACUGGAUCAUGAGGUCAUUUCCUGCUGUUGUUUCUCGUUUACGCAGCAGGUUUCGGUCAAACACAUAGCGCUGGGUUUAUGCGUGCCUUAGGCCAGCCAACCUAAAGAGCAUGUUCAGAAAGCUACGGCCAACGACCAAGCAUGUAAGGCAUUGCAUUACUCACACAUGGUGUUCCCCUACUAAUGUUUAUAAGCAGUAAUAUCAACUAAUGUCAGUUAGGAAUCCUCAUAUACCUUUCCUUAAGGAUAUAGAGUAUAAUGCUGAUAUACUGUAUUUCAAACACUGCAACAGUUGAGAGUUGAGAGUCUCAGUGAGAAAGCAUGCCCCCUGGUGGUUAUUUAUGUUUUUCUUUGAGAAACAAAACACAACCUAUCACAAGGUUGGAUCUAGCACUGUAAUAACAAGUUCAUGAGUAACCCCCCAUUUUUAGAAAUGUGUCAAGACGAGCAUGUACAGCUAUGUAGUUAAUACCGGUUCCAUAAAAUUACCUACGUUCUGAAAAAGACAAUGCUGUGAACACAAAAGUAUACUGGUAAUUCCCAACACUAUCUAACCUCUUUGUUAACAUAUAAAAGGAGUUCCUACCAAACAAUAUCACAGUAUUGGCAAAAACCUAGUGGUCCCUUCAAUUUCCACAGAUUUUUCAUCUCAAUAUCUGCUGUUUCUCUCCCCUAGAACACCUCCCCUUCUCUCCUUUUCCAGCUCCGGUGACUCUUGCUUUCCCAACGUUUGUGUGUAUCUGUCCAGGUUCUUCUCUGUAAGUCAACAAAGGAAACUCAGGGUCAAUCACUGUAUUAAUAUAAAAGAAAGUAUUUCACAAAAUAUAAUUCCACCCCUGUAAUUUACUGGCAUACAGUCAAGGUUGUAGGAGCAGGAGGGGGACAUGUCCCUCCAAUUUUAGAAGCAGGUAAAUUGGUCCUCCCGGAAAUAAUAACAAUUUGCGGAAAAAAAUUAAAAUAAUAAUAAACUCCCUGAAUACAGUCAAAAGUCAAUGAGUUCAUUGAGGCUUAUCGUAAAUACAUUCAAAUGUGGCUAGGUAAUGAGCACCACUGUUAACUCCAGCUAGGUUUGUGUGGCUUAUAUACUUAUCAGUCGGGGUCAUUAUCACUUUGAUAAUAGGAAAUGAAACGUCAACACAUUAGUGAACACGUUUCAAAUGAAGCCAAUUGGGUUCAAAGCUUUACAGUAGGCACGUCAGCCUAUCCUGUGUCCAGUGGUAGCACAGAUGACACAGAAAAGAUCACCGUAGUUCAGAUUGUAUCUAGAGAUGAAUGGCAUUCAGCUGGUUUACGCAACAGUUACUGUAAAAUAACAAACACUCUUGUAUUUCUGUAGCUACCUAUCGCGCUUGUCACCUUUACCGGCUGUCGUUGACUGAUUUCAUCACGCUCUGCACCUCCAAGGGCGAGACUGACAGGCAAGCAGGCGGUGAUCUUGAUCUCUACAAAAUCUUUGCUUUAAAAUAGCUUUUUUUGUUUUGUUUUAUCCCGCAAGUGAAAAAGAAGUACUUGACCCUCGGCGUCCUCAAUUGUUGACACGGGGCUGACUCUCAACUAUAAGAUUCAUUUGGUUCGUCAAGGUUGUGGUCAUCUGGAUUUAUGUUGCUCUUUUCUUUGUUGCACACUGUCUCACUUUUGCCUGCUUGAACAAUGUAAGAAAAUAAAGCUUUAUGUUCAUUUAUAAAUUGUUUGCUAUUUGAACGAGGAGUAUCUGAGUGCGUUAUAUUGGAGCUAUUUAACUGUCAACCAAGGAUAAUUUAUUGUGUCGGUCACAUGUGAUAAAGAAAUAAUAUUGAGAAAGUAUGAAUAAAGUUGGGGUCUGCGACUUUAUCCCAUAACCGAAGGAGGAAGUUAUUUUGUUCUAAACUGUACUUUUAUCGCUUUAGCAAUUAGCACCUGAAAUGCAUCCAUCUGUAUCUACUGAUUUACUGUAAAGAUUAGUCUUGUAAAGAUAGAAUCCUUCUUAAAGCUAGGAUAAUUAUUAAAAAUAUGAUAUCCGAUAUUCUGUCCUCAGAGAAAAGUUAAAACGUAGGUUUAGCUGUCUAUAUAAAAAUAUGGAUGAGUUCUGUUUCGGAUCAGUCAGCUUUAUGUGGCAUUACAUUUCUGGAUCCAAGCAUGUGGAUCUACUUCAUCCUCACGUUCUUCCUAAAGCAGUGAGGGGAAAACAAUGCAGCCCUCUAAAGAAACACCUGCCUCCAUGACACUGUAAUGACUCCUCCUUGAAAUUCGAUUGGCUCUCGUCGUGUAAAUAAUGAACCCAAUUGGCUGUGUUGGGUGCUCUCGCACAGAUGUAACCCCUUGUUCCUGUCCCUUUAUAGUUUAUACCAUAAUAACUGGCCUGUGAUGUCAUCUCAGUGCUCAUGUUAUCUUUGAGUGUUGGACUAGUGUCUUCUAAUGUUUGUGGACACGUAACAAGUUGUCAAAUUAAAGUGAAAUAAAUGUGAAACUUAUGCAACAUU